CUUCUCUUCCUCUCCAACCAAAAUAAAUCCUUUUUACUCUCUCUCUCUAUCUCUAUAGAUGGAGCUAAGCCUGAGCACUUCUCCCGCUUCUCCAGCGGUUUUGAGGAGACAAGCUUCUCCUCCUCUGCUUCACAAGCAACAAGUGCUCGGCGUAAGCUUUGCUUCGGCCCUUAAACCGGGAGGAGUUCUCCGCUUUCGUUCCCGGAGGCGUCCGCUUCAUCGUCCCAUCACUUGCUCCGCCUCUCCAUCAACUGCCGAACCUUCCUCCGAGGUGAAGAAGAAGACGUUGGUGAGGAGGAAUGACGUGAGGAACAUAGCAAUUGUAGCACAUGUUGAUCAUGGCAAAACUACUUUGGUUGAUUCUAUGCUCAGGCAAGCUAAGGUGUUCCGAGAUAACCAAGUCAUGCAAGAGAGGAUCAUGGACUCUAACGACCUUGAACGUGAAAGAGGAAUCACCAUUCUUAGCAAAAACACUUCCAUCACUUACAAAAACACAAAAGUGAAUAUUAUUGAUACUCCUGGCCACUCUGACUUUGGUGGUGAAGUGGAGCGUGUCUUGAACAUGGUUGACGGAGUUCUCCUUGUGGUGGACUCUGUUGAGGGACCAAUGCCCCAGACAAGGUUUGUUUUAAAGAAGGCUCUUGAGUUUGGACAUGCAGUUGUCGUGGUCGUAAACAAGAUUGACAGGCCUUCUGCUCGUCCUGAGUUUGUUGUCAAUUCCACUUUUGAACUGUUUAUUGAACUUAAUGCUACAGAUGAACAGUGUGAUUUCCAAGCGAUAUACGCUAGUGGGAUUAAAGGAAAGGCAGGGCUGACUCCAGAUGAUCUUUCAGAAGACCUGGGACCCCUGUUCGAGGCGAUUAUUAGAUGUGUACCUGGCCCAAAUAUUGAAAAAGAUGGUGCUCUUCAGAUGCUUGCCACAAAUAUUGAGUAUGAUGAGCAUAAAGGACGUAUUGCUAUUGGGCGGCUACACGCAGGGGCGUUACGCAAAGGAAUGGAUGUCAGGGUGUGCACUUCUGAAGAUUCCUGUAGGUUUGCAAGAGUGAGUGAGCUCUUUGUUUAUGAGAAAUUCUACAGAGUACCUACUGAUACAGUGGAAGCUGGAGAUAUUUGCGCUGUAUGUGGCAUAGAUGACAUUCAGAUUGGGGAGACUAUUGCUGAUAAAGUACAUGGGAAGCCUCUGCCUACAAUCAAAGUAGAAGAGCCAACUGUGAAAAUGUCCUUCUCUGUCAACACCUCUCCUUUCUCUGGUCGUGAGGGCAAGUAUGUAACGAGCAGGAACUUGAGAGAUCGUUUAAACCGUGAACUUGAAAGAAAUCUAGCUAUGAAAGUGGAAGAUGGCGAGACAGCUGACACAUUCAUCAUUAGUGGACGCGGUACAUUACACAUUACCAUCCUGAUAGAAAACAUGAGAAGAGAGGGAUAUGAAUUUAUGGUCGGACCCCCGAAAGUUAUCAACAAAAGGGUUAACGACAAAUUGCUGGAGCCAUAUGAGGUAGCAACUGUUGAAGUACCAGAGAAUCACAUGGGGCCUGUUGUUGAACUUCUUGGCAAAAGGCGUGGACAGAUGUUUGAUAUGCAGGGUGUUGGGUCGGAAGGAACAGUCUUUCUGCGGUACAAAAUCCCAACACGUGGACUUCUUGGAUUGAGGAAUGCAAUUUUGACAGCUUCUCGUGGGACCGCUAUCCUCAACACCGUAUUCGACAGUUAUGGACCUUGGGCUGGAGAUAUUAGCACCCGUGAUCUUGGUUCGCUGGUUGCCUUUGAAGAUGGAACAUCAACAUCGUAUGCUCUAGCAAGUGCACAAGAGAGAGGGCAAAUGUUUGUAGCUGCAGGUGUGGACGUAUACAAAGGUCAGAUAGUUGGGAUCCACCAGAGACCUGGGGACUUGGGACUUAACAUCUGCAAGAAGAAGGCAGCAACAAACAUUCGCUCCAACAAAGAUGUAACAGUGGUUCUUGACACUCCCUUGACUUAUAGUCUGGACGACUGCAUUGAAUACAUUGAAGAGGAUGAACUUGUGGAAGUUACACCUCUUAGUAUAAGGAUGUGCAAGAAUCCUAAAAUGGCCAAGAAAGGCAGGUAAAAAACAAAAACACCAUUUUGCAGCUGGGUUUGGAGGAAGCUGAAAAUCUUUUUUCACUAAAAGAUGAAAUCUAGUUUCUAAUGAUAUUUUUAUAUAGGGCUUGUUUGAUUCUUAUACAUAAGUCUUAAAUUCUUAUGAGGGGGUUGAGUCCUCGGAUGUAAUUCAAACUAAUGCUUUUUGGAAAACCCCUUAUAUCCCAUUUGGACUACUUAUAUGUUA